AUGGGAAAGCUUACACUGUACGGCAUCGACGGAAGUCCCCCGGUUCGGUCGGUCAUCCUCACCCUGAGGGCCUUGGGCCUGGAUUUCGAGUACAAGGUGGUCAACCUGCAGGCCGGAGAGCAACUGAAGCCGGAGUUCCUCAAGCUCAAUCCCCUGCACACCGUUCCCGUGCUGGACGACGAUGGAUUCAUCCUGUACGAUAGCCACGCCAUCAACUCCUACCUCGUGGGCAAGUUUAGCAAGGACGACUCACUGUAUCCGCGGGACCUCCAGAAGAGGGCACUCGUCGACCAGCGAUUGUUCUACGAAUCCGGCACAGUGGCGCCCGCUGGGGUGGAAGUCAUGUACACGGUCCUUAGGCAGGACAACCCGGAGGUUCCACAGGCCAAGAUCGAUGCCUUGGCGGAGGCGUACAAGAACCUCAACUUGUUCCUCAAGGACAGUGAUUUUUUGGCGGGAGAUAACCUAACCAUUGCCGAUUUCCAUGUCCUGGCCGUGCUCACUGGCUGGGUCUACUUCCUGGAGAUUGAACCCUCCAAAUAUCCCAGGCUGGCUGGCUGGAUUCAGAGAAUGAAGCGAUUGCCCUACUAUGAGGAGGCCAACGGAGCCAGGCUGGAGCUGAUUCUCCAGCUCAUUAAAGCCAAAAACUUUAAGAUUGUCUAG